AUGCGUUCGAUCAAGACGAUGUCGUCGCACGCGUACGAGAAGGGCGUGGUCAUCGCGAAGUGCCCUGGGUGCCAGAACUUGCACGUCAUCGCAGAUCGGCUGGGAUGGUUCGGAGAGCCCGGUAGCAUCGAGGACUACCUGAAGGAGCGCGGCGAAAGCGUCUACAGGGGAGCCGCGGGAGACAUCGAGAUCACUCCCGAAGCCCUGGCAGGAUGGAAAAUGCCCAAAGCACGCAACAGCGCCGCAAAGCCCAGCAGCUGA